CUUUCUCUCAGUUUGUCAGCAAGCAGCCGAGCAGCGUCGCCUCCUCCUCCUCCUCCUCCUCCUCUCUCAUGCUGCCGGAGGGCUCCGCGGAGCGGCCAUGGCGAAGAUCCGGGUGUCGUACGAGUACUCGGAGGCUGAGGACAAGAGCAUCCGGCUGGGCUUGUUCCUGAUCUUCUGCGGGGUGCUGAGCCUCUUCAUCCUGGGCUUCUGCUGGCUGAGCCCGACGCUGCAGAGUCUGCAGAGCAAACCGGCCAACUGCACGGUGGUGUCGGUGCUGCGUCCGGAGGAGAUGUUUGAGUGCGUGUUCACGUGCGGCGCCGACUGUAAGGGGACGUCUCUCUAUCCGUGUCUGCAGAUCUUCGUCAACAACUCAGAGUCCAACUCGGUGGCUCUGCUGCACUUCGACGAGCAGCAGCUGGUCCUCAACCCGAAGGUAACCAUGGAAACGGCU